GGUGAGGAUUGGAGACCUCUUGGAAACAAGCUUCAAUCUGAAAAUAUCUUUGGAGGGAAGCCUGAGAAACAUCAUUGAGAGAUGAAUGAUGCCAAAUGCACUCUUUUGAGUCUUUAUUUUUUAUAGAUGCAGCUUCAUGCACCAAAUGCUCACCAGAUCGGCAUCCAAACAAGGACCAAAAUCGAUGCGUUCCCAAGCACAUCACCUUCCUGUCCUACGACGAAUCUCUGGGGAACAUCCUGGUGUCCAUUGCCCUCCUCUUGUCCGUAAUAACAUGCAUUGUUUUUGGGGUCUUCAUUAAAAACCAAGAAACUCCCAUCGUCAAAGCCAACAACCGGGACCUCUCCUACGUUCUCCUGGUCUCUCUCCUGCUUUCCUUCUUGUCCUCUUUUCUCUUCAUUGGCCGGCCAAGUGAAGCAACCUGCCUUCUUCAACAAAUAGCCUUCAAUGUCAUCUUCUCAGUAGCUGUCUCUUCCCUUUUGGCCAAAACCAUCACUGUGGUGCUGGCCUUCCUGGCCACAAGGCCUGGGAACAGGGCGAGGAGGUGGCUGGGGAAAACCUUGGUCAAUGCCAUUGUCCUGUCUUGUUCUGGUGUCCAGGUUCUCAUCUGCGCCCUUUGGUUGGGCCUUUAUCCUCCAUUCCCAGACUCCGACAUGCGCUCCCAGCCUGAGGAGAUCCUCUUGAAGUGUAACCAAGGGUCGAUGGCCAUGUUCUAUGCUGCUCUGGGCUACCUGGGCUUCCUGGCUGGGGUCUGCUUCACGGUGGCCUUCCUGGCCCGGGAGCUGCCAGGGUCCUUCAACAAGGCCCAGCUGAUCACCUUCAGCAUGCUGGUCUUCUGCAGUGUCUGGGUCUCCUUUGUGCCCACCUACCUGAGCACCAAGGGGAAGUACAUGGUGGCCGUGCAGGUCUUCUCCAUCCUGGCCUCAGGUGCUGGGCUCCUGGUAGGUAUCUUCCUCCCCAAGAGCUACAUCAUUCUCCUCAGACCAGACCUGAACACAAAAGAGCAUCUAGCAAUAAAAACUAAAGGUAGCACCUAAUUCUUAAAGCAGUGGUUCUCAACCUUCCUAAUGCCGAAGCCCCUUAAUUCAGUUCCUCAUGUUGUGGUGACCCUCAACCAUAAAAUUAUUUUUGUUGCUACUUCAUAACAUUACUUUUGCUACUGUUAUGAAUAGUAAUAUAAAUAUCUAAUAUACAG